AUGGAUUACCUCUUGGACAAGUAUGUGUUCGAUUUUUUGCCAUUCGCUGUCGCCCCAGAGACGAGGAAAAGUAUCGGCCAGCGAGCUUUGACAGUCGUGCAGUGGGCCGACUGGUUUUGUAAAUAUGAAAGUCCGUUGAAGAUUCUUCAGAACAAUCCAUAUUUUCUUUUUGCUGAUGUCCUCUUCGUCUUUCUGUGUUUCCUGACAUUUAUGCAUGCCUAUCGCCAUGGUGCUCGACACAUGUACGUGUGGAUCGCGUUCACCAUACACGCUUUCAAUUUGGAACUUCUAUCGCUUUCCGUUCCGGAUCUGAACUUAUCAUGGCAUGCUCAGGGUGUGCUUAGUUUCUUUGGCAUGAGGGUUCCGCUAUAUGCUCUAUUCGGAAUCCAUCAAAUGUUUGGAUACACUGCGUACGUACUUGUGAGCAGAAUGCGUCUUCCUUGGAUAGCUGAAGGGCCAGCAGUUGGUCUCAGUAGCGCGAUGUUGCUUAUUCCUUACCGUAUUUUGGGAACUAAGCUUGUAUGGUGGACUUGGCACGAUACUGAUCCGACUAUCAAGGACAGGAUGUUUUGGGUACCGUGGAGCUUACUUUACUUUUACGCGGCUUGCAUGUGCUCCUUUGUUUGGAUCAUUCAUUUAUCUAGACACAUUCUUUUGGAAAGGGAGUACGAUUGGACGAAGUUCCCUAGAGAGCUUCUUUGCUCAGUUUUGGCUGGUACACUAUCCUUCUGGUUGGGGACUGUCCAGUUUUCGCUUUUCUAUUAUCCACUUCAUGACUUUUUCGGCGUAAGUUUUUCAAAUUUCACAUGCUUGUUCCCAGUGGAUCAUAAGACUUUUUUAUGA